AUGGAGAGCGAUAAUAGACGUCCCAAGAAUCUCGUUUCCUUCUCGGAGCGAGUCGCUACCUUUCUCACGAAUAGACACAGCUUACAUAUCCCUUCACAAGAGGAGAUAACCGGGGAGAGGACUCGGAGUCAGUCUCUAGACUUUCAAAACGAGAUACCUCUUGAGCAGAACGAUAUCAGACAGUCCUUCAUACGACGACAAUAUGACACACCCGAAGAAGAGUGUCGCUUCGAUCCAGAGUUACUACCAAAUGAAAACCUCGUCCAAACAAUUUUACUCCCCGCAGCAGUCAUUUGCAUCCCUAUCGCUCUUUUAGCCGGUACUUUGCUUGCUCUGGUUUAUAUGUACCGAGUCGUUCCUGUCCCAAAUCUAUUCAAGCCUACGGAAGCGACACUACAUGAGCCUGGAUUUGUUCUGGUCAACUUUUCUGCAACUCGAUUGGUUUUCGUAGCCAGUUUUCUGUCUACGCUGGCACCUCUGCUGGGUUCGUUCAUCUUGUCAGUGUUUGCGCUUACCGUGUCUCGGAAAUUGCGCGAUGCCUCCAGAGAAGCAAAAUAUCUGGACCUACCAACACCAUUUCAAAUGAGUUUGCUUAUCGGCAUCUUGGUCGCGUCUGCACAGCAAUUUCGGUCGUAUCUCUGGUACCUUGUCCGCCGGCGAAGACCCAGCAUCCCCCCGGUUUUACACUGUGCCGCCUCGAUGAUGCUCCUGAGUUUGCUGUUGGCUGUCGGGGUGUUCAUAGCGGAUACCGUCCUGCAUUACACAACGUCGACUGUUGAGGUUGAUCAGAUCUUGAUCCCGCCAGAACCAACCCAGGAAUUUGGUCGCGGUCUCUCUGAGUUCUGCUUGACCUUCAACCGAACUUUUGUGGGACUGCCUUGUUCCGACACGACUGACUCCGGAGUAGUCGACCCGAAUGCAAACUUUGAAGCUACAGAAACGAAUCGGCUCUUCCACAACACUUCGCAACUUUCAGAGAUUCGAAUCACGGCGACGGAUGACAUCCCAGGGGCCGAGCUAGCAUACCUCAUUCCCCAGCAACAGACGACGGUUCCCAAUACUGAUUACGAAGCAUCGACUAUUGGGAUAUCGACAACCUGUCGCUUUGUCAACCCAUCCAGCUGCGGCAUGGUACUUUGGGAUGAUUACUACACCAACUUCAGCUGCACCGAUAUGUUUCACGGUACUAUCGGGAUGCCACCAAUCGUGAGCACAAACCUCAAUAAUCUACGCCCUCCGGAUCCGUAUCGUUCAUUCUUGAUGUACAAAGGGGCUGCCAACCUAAUGUACUCGUUUUUCAACGAUUCAGGAAUGAGAAACGUCUACAACACUGUUGGCUACAAUGACUCGGGCGCCUUCGACUUGAGCAUUUCGCCAUAUCCCAACUCUGACCUGGUGAAUCCGUUCUAUAUCGGCAUCGCCGCGCGAAUUUCAACUACAAGUGGACAAUUUGUGUCUGGCAAUGAAAUGAUGGCAAACAACACAGACGCCACUUUUAUCUCUGAUGGCGUCCUGGAUUUCAUUCUCAAUUGUGCCGUGGCGUCAUACGAUAUCUCGUAUACCUGGGUUGACGGAGCUCUGCAGAAUAUCCAUGCGGUGCCGACCGGCAAUGGCAGCAUCCUGGAAAUUUUCCACGGAAACCUACUGUACGCGACUAUCAGUGGUGGUGAUCCUGCUCUACAAGAUUUCCUCACGCAGUCUGCAUUGGCUGGAGACACGACUGAGUCUUUUCUCCGGAAAUUUGGAAGUCUAUACUCUACAAAGGUCCUAGCAAACAUUGGCGGAUACACUACAGGCCGUCUUGCCCUUGGCCAACAACAGCGUGAACAUAUGCUGCUUUCCAAAGUGCCCAUUCCACCACUAGCGAUACUGGUGGCAUGGAGUUUCUGCUAUCCCUUGCUUGGGCUGAUACUGGCCUUCCAAGCAUACUGGGCAUCCCGCGGUAACGUUCGCAGUAUCGCAGCGAAACUGAGCUUGCUUGGGUUGUCUCAGGCUGCCUUUGGAGACAAGCGAAUGGAAGCAUCAACCGGCGGAACCACUUCGAGGGAGGACGUGAAUCAGCUUCUCAAGCAAGAGACGAGGCGCAUUCUUGUCGAUGGGAGCGCACAACAGGGCUUCGAGUUCGGUGUCAUGCUAUGA